AUGAAGUAUGUUGCGUUACUCAGCGGCGGCAAGGACAGUUGCUACAACCUGCUUCACUGUCACAAAAAUGGCCAUGAGUUGGUUGCUGCUGCCUCUCUGGGGCCUGGCCCGGGCAAAGAUGAACUAGAUUCAUUCAUGUACCAGACUGUGGGGCAAGACGCCAUUGAAUACGUUGCCAAGGCCCUCGAUGUGCCUCUCUAUCGUAAAGUCAUAUCAGGUGCUGCUUUGGAACAAGGCAUGGAAUACGGCGCGCGAAGAACUAGAAUGCUCGGGGCAGUCCAUGGAGACGAGACUGAAGACCUGUACGAUCUAUUGUCGACAGUCAAAGCCCAGCAUCCUGACGUCGAGGGGGUGUCCGUCGGCGCAAUCCUGUCAAACUAUCAGCGAGUCCGGGUUGAGCAUGUCUGUCGUCGACUAAAUCUUACGCCGCUUUGUUAUCUUUGGCAAAGAGAUCAACGGGAGUUACUAGCUGAGAUGGUCGAGGCCGGACUGGAAGCUGUCUUGAUCAAAGUAGCUGGUAUAGGUCUGAAGCCCGAGCACUUAGGAAGGACUCUUGCGCAAAUGCAGCCUACUUUUCUCAGGCUGAACGACCUCUAUGGCUCACAUAUCUGCGGCGAGGGUGGCGAGUAUGAGACGCUGACAUUGGAUUGCCCGUUGUUCAAGAAACGCCUAAAUCUGAUUGAGACCGAAACAGUGAUACACUCCGACAGUGAUUUUGCUACGGUUGCUUUCCUUCGAAUAAAAGAAGCAAGCCUAGAAGACAAACCUAUCAACGAGGAUUUCGAUCUUGCGGUCCCAUCGGUCCUUCAGGCGAAACCUCAGAUGAUAUAUGAGAAGCUCCAGGAACAUGAUGGCGGCCUCGUAAACGGUACACCACCCUCCUUUGGAACCUUGGUCGAACGCUUGGUCGAAUCGAGCCGAGGCACCACAACCACCAAUGAAAACGGCGCUUGGAUUUCUGUCUCAAGUGUCCAAGCCAACGAAUCAGGGGGCAGUAUAACUGUAGAAGAGGAGGUUAGACAGUGUUUCGAGUUAUUACUGGGGAAAUUGUUACCAUAUUCCUUGGAGCUCAGUCAUUGCGCUCAUAUCACUAUCCUCCUUUCUGACAUGGAGCUCUUCGCGAGGGUUAAUGCAAUCUAUGGGAGAUAUUUCGGUAUCAGCCCUCCAUCGAGGGCAUGUGUUGCUGUUGAUUUACCUACGCCGACUCGCAUCAGGCUGGAUUGUACCUUCUACAGAGAAGCCAGGCCCGAGGAAAGGGUCGCCUUACACGUUCAAGGCCUGAGUUAUUGGGCACCCGCCAACAUUGGACCUUAUUCGCAGGCCGUUAUUGCUGGCGACCACAUUUUCGUAUCUGGUCAGAUAGGGCUUAUCCCUUCGAGCUUGUUAUUGCCAUCACCCAGCUGCCUUGCAAUGGAAUUUGCUCUGUGUUGCCAACAUGUUAAACGAGUAUUGAAUGCUUUACGAGAACAUGCGAGUUGGACAGGACAUCCCCUUUCCGUCAUUUACUGGCUAGCAAACACUCAUGAUAUUCCUGCCGUCAAGCAUGGGCACGAACUCCUCUGUCAGAACUCAUCAGCUCCCCGGGUUCCUUCGCUAUUUGUAGUCGUUAAAGCUCUCCCGAAAGGCGCUCAAAUAGAAAAACAAGUUUUAUAUCAUACGGGCCGCUUUAUUACAACAGACGAGGAUGGCGAAGUAGUGUCAAAGUUAGCAGAGCCAAAAUUCGAAGAAGAUGGUAGUGACAUGGGGGCCGAGGAUGGUGCUGAGUGGGUUUCAGAAGUAUCCUACUUCCAGAACGAUGGUGUCGUGGCUCCCUUCGCGAUGAUAUGCGUCAAGGGUCAAGUACAAGCAACUUCUUGGAACGCCACUCGGAUGAAAUCUGCUCUGGCAUCCUUCUCUAGCCGAUCGCUAUCAACUCGCGUUUUCGCCGUCCGAGAAACCAACGCGGUACAAACCCUUGGACUGAGAUGCAGUGGAACUUACAUUCCAUGCAGAUCAGUGUCUACUACAAAGAGAGACGACUGGGAUGCCGCCAUAUGCAUCAUGGGUACUUGA